CGGCGCCCUAUCCUCCCCCUAGCCGAACACCCAUGAGUAUGAUUUCAAGUUCGCCGCCACAUGCAGCAGACCAGGUGAAGAAACGGCGGAAGGAAAGGAAAGCGCAAUCGGUGCCAGUCCAAAAUUGCGAGUGUAGAAGAUUUCUUGGCUUAUAAACGGUUAUGUAAAUUGCCGCAACAUAUUCAACAGAAUUUCCUGCGUAUUGUACUCCCGAAACUAAGUGCUGCUCAUCAUGUUAAUGGUCAAGUGUUGGAGCCUCACGAGGCACGUGGGAUCCGUAUCCACGUCCGUGUCCAUGCGAAACUUUACCUACAGCCUAGCCGGCGGAUUCCGACCACCGCUCCAGGCUCUGCUAACUAGGCAUUACACCCCAGCUCCGGAAGCACGUCCACUGCCGGAUGAGAGAUUUUCUGCCAAAAACCAGCCGGAAAGCAAAGAUACCUCGACGCAAACCGAUCGGAUAAGCCUCUCCACGUCCCUACCACCUCCUUCGCCCUCUCCUAACCCCCCGCCAAGAAGGACGCCGCCCCCGAUGUCCGACCGGAUCUCGGAUCCGGACCGGGGGUCCGGCGUGACGAUACCCUACAAGCUGGACUGGAUAUUCCCCAGGCUACGGAACCCGACUAUGUUUUGGUAUGUGACCAGCCAAAUUGUGAUCACUGUAGUCGGACUCUUCAGCAAGUUUGUGCUCACGUUCUGGAACAAAACCCACGUGUGCAACAGGGAUCGUCUAAUACACCUGGUCAGCAAGCGGCCCAAGGGUGUGCCCCUGGUGACGGUCUCCAAUCACUACUCCUGCUUCGACGAUCCCGGCCUAUGGGGUACACUUCCUAUUGGUCUGGUCUGCAACACCUUCAGCAUACGCUGGUCAAUGGCCGCUCAUGACAUAUGCUUCACCAACAGGUGGCACUCUAUGUUCUUUAUGUUCGGUAAGUGCAUACCUGUUGUGAGAGGCAAUGGGGUCUACCAAGACGCCAUUAACCUGUGCAUAGAGAAGGCCGCCCAGGGACACUGGAUCCAUGUGUUUCCCGAGGGCAAGGUGAACAUGGAGAAAGAGGAACUGCGUCUGAAGUGGGGUGUGGGCCGCAUCAUCUACGAGUCCCCGAAAAUUCCCAUAAUCUUGCCAUUGUGGCACGAGGGUAUGGACGAUGUCCUGCCCAAUGUGGAGCCCUAUGUGUUCAAUCGGAAAAAGCAGGUCACCUUAAAUGUUGGUCAGCCCCUGGAUCUUAACCAGUUUGUGCUAGAUCUUAAAAAGCGUAACGUGCCGGAGCCCGAGGCGCGAAAACUCAUCACUGAUAAAAUUCAGGAGGCUUUUCGGGAAUUGCGAGCUGAGACCGAGAAAUUGCACAGAGAACGCUUCUAGCGACUUUGAAAGCAAGAGCCUAACGGCAAAAAUUUGUAAUAUUUAUUUGUGUAGUAUUAAGCCCAAAAUGAACCCUCGAAAUCUUUUGAUUAUAACUCAGUUCCUCCAUAUCAACAUUUUUAUGUUUAUUUGCUGGAGAGGCGUUUCAGUUGACAAAGUGUGCAUUAUUAUUAACAAUUGUAAAUACAGAAUUCAAAUCUGGAUAAAACAAAUAAAGUAUUACUUUUUAAAU